AUGGCGCAGGGUAAGCCGAACGGCGUGCUUGAAUGUGGACCUGGACGGGAUGGACUAGUAUCACACACGACCACUUUCGCCAUUGACGAUACUGCAUCUGCAUCUGCACACGCAUCCUCCGGGUCUGGCGGCGGCGGCGGCGGCGGCGGCGGUGGCGUCGUUGGUGGUAUCAAUAAACAGAGCGUGGGGGAAUCAAACCUGAGACCCAUAUCCGACGCAGCGAUAAGCGACAAGACAACCAAGAUCCGAACUGACCAAGAUGUACAUGAACGUGAUGAAGACGAAGAUGACGACGACGACGACGACGAUAACGAUAGUAUGCCGUACUGCGAAAAUUGGGAUGCCUUUGUGGUGUUCUACACCUGGACUCAGAUGCUCACGAGCAUCUACCACUUCCAACACUGGGUGGUGAUUGGAAUGUUGACAAUUGUAGUUCUUUUGUGCUGUGGAUCUUUUGAUUUGGGAACACCCUCGUGA